CAUCUUUUCCAUUACACGGUUGUUCAAACGUACGGUGUGUAAGCCGUACGGUUGAAAAAACGUGCUAGCUUGUACAUGAUACGGCAAAAUCACCGCGCGAGACAUUGGUAAGUACUGGCUAGUAGCGCUUUUUACUCGGGCUGUGUAGGACGUGCUGCGUCAUGAAUUUUCUUACGAAAAAAAAGAUUAUAGUUGCUUAUUACAUAUAUAGGAAAAAGAAAAUAGAAAAAAAAAGGGAAGUAAGGUUUUGGAUACAUCCGAUUUUAGAAAAAAGGGAGGAAUAUGGCGCGUUUCAUACACUUGUCAAGAAUCAAUUGAGAGAAGAUGAAGACAAGUUUUACAAUUAUUUUAGAAUGCAGAAAACUACAUUCGACAACUUGCUCCAAAAAUUAUCCCAGGAACUAAAACAUCAAGAUACUUUUAUGCGAGAGAGUAUAUCGCCCGCAGAAAGAUUGGCUGUAACUCUGAGGUAUCUAGCAACAGGAGAUACCUUUACUGACCUAUACUACAGCUAUAGAAUUGGAAUAAAAACCAUAAGUUGCAUCGUACGUGAAGUAUGCCACUACAUUUGGUUAGAACUGUAUAAAGAAUAUAUGAAAAUGCCAUCUAAAGAAGACUGGCUACACAUUGCAAGCAAAUUUCAAGAAUCUUCCAACUUCCCGCUGUGCUUAGGAGCGGUCGAUGGAAAACACAUCAGACUUAUUAAGCCAAUUGAUAGUGGCUCGAUGUUUUUAAAUUACAAACAUUUUUUUUCUAUAGUUUUGAUGGCAGUAGUAGAUAGCGAUUACAACUUUAUAUUUGUUGACGUUGGCGCCUACGGAAAGGAGUGUGAUUCCAGUGUGUUUAAAGAGACCCCAUUUUGGAAAAUUUUAACAAACAACGGAUUAAAUCUACCCGAUGCAACACGUUUGCCUGGAAUUGACUACGAUUUGCCAUAUGUGUUCGUUGCGGACGAAGCCUUUGCUUUGCAUUAUCACUUGCUUCGUCCAUUUGGUGGUCAUCAGCUUGAUCAAUUAAAACGUAAGGUCAUGCGGGGCUAUUCCGCCUAA